AUGGGAAAGAAAAAGAAAUCCUGCGGGAAUUGCGUUCUUGUGAUGGAUGAGAGCUUGAGGUCUCACUGCCGAGGAAGGAAGAUGCAGAACUUAAUAGACAUGGGAAGGCUGCUAUCAACAAGCUUAAGAAACUUUCCCUUCUUACCCAUGUACUUGGAAAGAAGCAGCUUCAAACAGAAUUCUUGGACCAUGGAGUUACAUAUCAACAAAGCUUCGACAAUGGAGUCUAGAGAUGGUGACUUUGACUUAGAUGUCCGAUAUGGAAGAACACUUAUGAAUUUUGAUAAGCGCACUUGA